AUGAGGAGAGGAACGUCGGAGGAGAAGAUGUGUGGAAAGGAGGGAGUCCAAAUCUCCUGUGGAACAUCCACGUUGUUCCGGAAAUCUUAUGUAACUGCUAAUGACGACAUUAAACACAACCAGAUCCCUCCUCAGCCCAUGACCAUAGCUCCGCAGGCAGACUGCUCCUCUACACCUAUAAAAGACUACGACACGUUCCCUCCAUCCCUCCCUCCAACCUUCCCUCCGCCGCAGAACCCCGGCCGCAUGCUGGAUGACUCCUUCUUCGAGCCUCCAGACCAGCCCCUCCCCCAGCCCCCGUCUCAGGCUGCCACUGACCUCCGGAUGCACCUGGGCCUCAAAUCCACUGGCAACUACGUGGACUUCUACUCUGCAUCCCGGCCCUACUCCGAACUCAACUACGAGACCAGCCACUACCCGGCUUCACCUGACUCCUGGGUCUAGAGACAGGAGUCACAACUUAUCUCUGGUCCUGGAGAGACAUAGGCUUGUGCAGGCUUUAGCUCCAGCCUUGCAGUAACAACACCUGAUUCAAGUAAUUGAAGUGUUAUGAACAGUUGUUUUUAGGAUAUCAGGUUUAUUAGUGCUGGGCUGGAACAAAAGCCUCCAUGUUCCUGUAGCUCUCCAGGACUGGGAGUGAAAACACUGGUGUAGAGUAAGGUGGGAGUGGGAGUGGGAGGUUAAUAUUAGUUACUAACCGCAGCAGAGAUUGAGGGGGUAGAGGAGGGAGGUGCCAGGGGGUUGUUAGGGACUGAGGCGUGAAGAGAGACUGCAUGUGCAUGAAUACCACAAUACAUUUUCUUUCUACCAGUUCAGUUUGUUCAAAGCUUGUUCCACUGGGAAAGUGAAUGUAUGGAUAUGUCAAAAGGGAGAGAAAGAACGAGAGAGGGAGAGAGACAGAGGAAAGAGAGAGAGCCUUGACGGAAAGAAAGAGAAAGAGAAAGAGAGAGAGAGAGAGUAAAGGCCUUGACGGAAAGAAAGAGAAAGAGAGAGAGAGAGUGAAGGCCUUGACGGAAAGAAAGCGAGAAAACAAGUGAAUGAUGACGGAGGGCUCUUACAUUGACCUUCAGAAAGGAGGAGAAGAGACGAGGUGUGGAGAAAUGGAGGAGAGAAAGAGUGGCGGUGAGGGUUCUUUGGCCAGUCGGGAUGAAAAGCCACAGAACAGAGAAGGGAGAGAGGGAUGAGUGGAAAACACCAAGCUCAAGGCAGGAGUGGAUGUUUACAGGAAAAACUAAGGGAGCAGCUUUCCACCCAUUCAUUACAUUGACUUCUGACUUUCACCUUUCUAUGGAAUGUCCUCUAUUCAAGAAGACUCUUCCAGCCAUUUUAUUUUCACAUAUUUUUUAUUUGUAUUUUUUUAAGUUGUGGAUGUAUAGUAUUUUUGGUGUACAGUACAGUACAGUGACAGUUGAGAGACUUGUGUGGUAUUGUGUAUAUUACACGAGUCACUAGCGACCGACCACUGCAUAUUGUUAGUCUGUAAAAGGAGAGGCUGAGAAGAAAACACACACCAUUUGGAACAAUGUCUAUCAAUGAUCACUGUCUCCCUUUCCCACACCACAUCUGUUCAAACUGCCAGUGGUUGACUAGCAGUAUUGUCUGUUCUCUGAUCACGAAAAAUGUCUGUCCAAAGCAGUUCAAGACCGACUACAACACCGAUGACAUCAUUCCACACUCCUUCUUGACAGACUGCUUUUUCACUGCCUAAACAAUUAGAUGUAGAUAUUUGAAAUAUACGUUUCUUGUUUCUCCGUUUCCACACUCUGAUAUUUUAUUUUGAAGAUGGUUUUGUCAUCCACAGUUACAUGAUACAAUCUGUCCCUUGUACAAGAACCAACCUUCUGCUUUCUAAGACGUUCUACUAGGUUGUACGUACCACCGUACAUUAGAGAGAGAAGUGACAUUGUGCCAAACUUUGCCCUCUCUGGUUCCAGCCCUAGACUGGAGGAUGUAUGCGACUCUCAGUUGACGUUUACAGACCAUGACCAGUCAUUCUCUCUCUUGUUUGUAACUGCUUUGGUUCCUAACUGUGUUUUGAUGGGAGUAAGCUAUACACUACCUACAGAGGGGUAUCACUAUAGAAAGGGAUACGUACGUCUCCUUCUUAAAUGAACAGACCUGCCUAUGUUAGUUGAGCGUGU